GUCAUUUGUUACUUUUGGACAGCCUUAAAACAUAACCUAAAAUUUAUUCAAAUUUUUUACGAAAAAUAUCAUCUCAUUUCUUAUUUCAUCCUCAUUCAAAUCCCCUGCAUUUAUUAUGCCCGAUAGAACGUGAUAUGAGUCGGCGUCCAUCUCCAUUAGACAACGAACAAUGUAGGCAGUGCUCGAGUUUUCAGGAUUACAUGAAAUCCACCAAAAAGAAACUAAAAAAUGAAGAUUCCGCAAACUCUGCCAACCACGGAGACGAUGCAGUUCCAAGAAGAGCCGACUGCCCCUUGGACAAAGACGAAUUGGGUCACAGUACUUGGGGUUUACUACAUACAAUGGCAGCAACAUAUCCUGAGAAGCCUACCCCUGAAGAACAGUGUGACAUGAAGCAGUUUUUUACAUUGUUGUCCAGGUUUUACCCUUGCCAUUUCUGUGCGGAAGACCUAAGAGCAGAACUAAAAGUGGAUCCUCCCAAGACAGAAUCCCAGGAAGUGCUGAGUCAGUGGUUAUGUAGAUUACACAAUAAGCAAUUGCAGUGGCUUGUGGUUCAGUUUUGUACAUUUACAAAAAUAACAAGCCAUUCUUCAAAUUUUCCGUACCAUCGUUACCUAUAACGACCAAAGAAACUGCAUCCUGGCAGGCAUUUUUACAGGAUGGCCCUGCAAAGGGGGAUGAAAGUACACUAGUGGAAGCACUCUCUGCAGUUCAAUAUAACUUACUUAGUACAAUAGGCCAAGAAGUAAUAUCAGAGCCCUCCAAAAUUGAUACGGUCCUCAAAAGCCGUGGAAUUACUGAGAUCACAAAAGAAACGUUCUAUUGUGAGUCACCUAUAGCAUGCAUGACAACAUUGAAGAAAAGUACAAAUGACAGAUACGAUGUUUGCUGUCCAGUUUUAGCUACAGAAUCUGGAAAUAUUUUCAUUCUUGAUCCUGUGAAUUUUUCGGUUCUAUACCAGGCAAAUGUCAAUAGGAUAAAGUCAACUCCAUUUCUUAUAGCUGGAUUGGGAAUUUUUAAUGUCCAAUAUCGCAUGAUGAUAGCAUGUAGAGAAAAACAUGUGAGUCUCCUCAGAAAAGACUGGUUAGAAGGAAAAACUGUUAUUCAGACUAUGAAUGCUAUCAGUGACUUGAUCAUUACUCCUGAUGAUGGAUUGAUAGUAAUCGGUACUAUUGACAAGAUUUUACAUUGUUACACAAAGAAAGGUCACAAAUUGUGGGCCAUAAAAAUGGCUCAUUUAGUAACAUGCCUUUGCUUGAUCCCGAUUCGUCAUCUGAGUAUCACCCUAACCGCUGUAGGAUUAAAAAAUGGCACCAUCCAAAUAUAUCAUGGAAGGAAAUGUGUUGAUCAAACCUCAGUACCGGGCAGUCCAUCUGUCAUCAGGUUUGGUCAGCUAGGUCAAGAGGAAAAUGCACUCAUCACAGUCACAACAGAGGGAACCGUAAUUUUCAGAAUUUUGAAACGUACAGCCGAGUUUCAGUUAAAUACCACGGAGAAUCUUCCACUGUACCAGAGCAAACCUUUGCCCUUACCUAAAAGAAGUGCUUUGUUCUUGGAACAAAGUAUGCGAGAACAGCAAACCGCUCUUGAUAUGCAUCAAAGCUUUCAACAAGACUUAAUCAAAUUUCGUUUAGAUGCAGCAAGAGAACUAAUAAAGACGGAAUUUGCUGGUUCAAAUACAGCCAAUCUAAAAGAAAAGAUUAAAAUUUCAGCCCAGGUGUUAGGAAUGGGCCCAAAAUUUGAAGUUAUAUUCAAUUUGGAUAACAUGGAAGAAAGUAAACCGAUAUAUGGACUCAAAAUGGUUUUGCAUGUCAAUCCAAAGUAUUAUCAAUGUUCCUCCAAUCUAAUAUCGAUACCAUUAAUACCGCCUGGUUCAUCUCACAAAGUUAAAGUAUAUGUGGAGGAUAAAAUGGUAGACCCAGAGAACAAUCUGAAUAUACCUUCAGUUGUAAGGGUAUUUAUAAUACGAGAAACAACCAGCGAACCAGUUUUGGCAGCAUUGAUUAACAUGCCACCAAUGGAAGCUACUCUGGCUGAUCCGGGAAAAGCUUGAUGUUAUUUAGAAACAAAUAAAGCUUGCUGGCAUCAAAGUUAUGUAACUUCGACAUGUGGAAAUACAAAUAAAGACUGUCACAAGGCCGGAUCCAGGAGGGAGUCAUGAGAGUCAUGACCCCCUCGACCACUAAGUUUUUUAGUCUUAUAGAAAAUUCUGAUAAGCGAUCUCAACAUGGAAAUGCUUUUAUGCUACACUAUCACUUAGUAUAGCGACAAGCAGACAGGUUUUCCUCCACUCUUAAAACGCUCAAAACAGUUGAGUGGCAGUUCUUUACGUCCACAAAAUGAAUGAAAUGUUUUUUAAUUAGGUUUAUUACUUUAAUCGCAUUAGGGCUUGUCCUGACUGGACUGGUGACAAAUUGUUCUGUUUUUAAUCAUUGAAUAAAG